GUCGUUGUCCCUUUGUGACUUGUCUCUCUCUCUCUCCUGAGAUUUUCAAAGCUUCGAACUUUUAACAAAAAUUAUUAUUUUAUUUUUGCAGAGAGACGAUCAUCGAUCUCAUCUUCAAAAACCCGUAACGAGUUUGAUUCUUGGGUUUUUUUUUGGUAUUCUCACGAUUUGAAAAAAUAAAAUAAUGGCGAAUGAAAUUGAAUCAGCGACAGAUCCAGGUGAUACUAACAUCAAAGGAGUUCUUGUUCAUGGAGGAAGAAAUCUUCAAUACAAUGUCUAUGGAAACUUAUUCGAAGUCUCGAACAAGUAUGUUCCUCCUAUUCGACCUAUUGGUCGAGGAGCUUACGGUUUUGUCUGUGCUGCAGUAGAUUCAGAGACACACGAAGAAAUUGCAAUCAAGAAGAUAGGUAAAGCCUUUGACAAUAAAGUAGAUGCUAAGCGGACAUUGAGAGAGAUUAAACUACUUCGUCAUUUGGAACAUGAGAACGUUGUGGUUAUAAAAGAUAUCAUCAGACCAGCAAAGAAGGAAGAUUUUGUUGAUGUUUAUAUAGUUUUUGAGUUGAUGGACACUGAUCUUCAUCAGAUUAUUCGAUCAGACCAAUCUUUGAAUGAUGAUCACUGUCAGUACUUCUUGUAUCAGAUUCUACGUGGACUCAAAUAUAUUCAUUCAGCUAAUGUCUUACAUCGUGACCUUAAACCGAGUAAUUUGCUUCUGAAUUCGAAUUGCGAUCUUAAGAUUACGGAUUUUGGUUUAGCAAGGACGACAUCUGAAACAGAGUUAAUGACAGAGUAUGUUGUUACUCGAUGGUACCGUGCACCAGAGUUGCUUCUUAAUAGUUCUGAGUACACUUCUGCUAUUGAUGUUUGGUCUGUUGGUUGUAUAUUUGCUGAGAUUAUGACAAGGGAGCCUCUAUUCCCGGGGAAAGACUAUGUUCAUCAGCUUAAACUUAUAACCGAGUUGAUAGGAUCACCUGAUGGAGAGAGCCUAGAGUUUCUAAGAAGCGAGAACGCGAGAAAAUAUGUUAAGGAACUGCCCAAGUUCCCAAGGCAGAACUUUUCUACUAGGUUUCCUAGUAUGAAUUCUACAGCUAUUGAUCUACUAGAGAAAAUGCUCGUGUUUGAUCCAGAGAAACGUAUCACGGUUGAGGAAGCAUUGUGUCAUCCUUACUUGUCAGCUCUUCACGACCUUAACGAUGAGCCUGUUUGUUCCAAGCAUUUCAGUUUUGAUUUUGAGGACCCGGCUUCCACUGAAGAAGAGAUUAAGGAGCUAGUAUGGCUCGAAUCUGUGAAGUUCAACCCUCAUCCGACCAUCUAAAACAUUAUUUUAAAAAGUUCUAGUCAGAGGUUGAACAAAAUUGCGUAGUCCAUUCUUAUUUGUACGGUUGCCUCAUAUAGCGUUUAAGCUCUGAAGUUUUAGCCUUUUUCUUUCAUUGGUUAAUAAGCUAUUGUAUGAGGAUUGUCCUUGUAACCCAAGAUAUGUUUAUUUUUCACUUUUUCUUACUUACUCAUUUGAUCCACUCUGAUCCUAUGACGCGGAAAUAGUUAUUGAUUUUAUGAUU